AUGUUGGCCACAUCUAGAGAUAUUGAGGCCUUUGUGCUGCUGGCAUGCGCGGUAUUUUUAAUUUUCCUCCGGACUUACGUUCGUCUAGAUCUAGUAGGCCUGAAAAAUUUGAAGCUCGAUGAUUACUUGAUGCUGUUGACCGGGGCGCUAUUUAUAUCAGAAACGACACUUGCAUACUUAGUCGUCGCCAACUACGACGGUCUGACGAACAGCUACCUGACUAGCGAGGAACGUGCAGUCUUGGAUCCAAACUCGACCGAGUACUAUAAACGUGUGUCGGGAUCUAAGAUUCAAGUACUUGGAUGGUCACUGUAUGUAAUGACCUUGUGGCUGGGCAAGUCCCGUUUGGCUAUAUUCUCUUCUCGCCUAACUACGGGCUUGAUGCAAUUCGAUACUCGAGUUCGCGUAGCUUAUAUUUUCCUUGGUGUUGUGUAUCUUGCAACCGCACUUUCGAUCCUUCUUUCGUGUCAGCCUAUGCACAAGUUUUGGCAAAUCAAUCCUGAUCCUGGAAUAUAUAUCUGCCAGCCUACAGUUUCGAAAGUCUACAUUCUUGUCGGCGUGGUUCUCAAUGUAUUCACGGACGCCUUCUUGUUGUGCAUUCCUUUACCGCUUCUAUGGAAAGUCGAAAUCGGUCUCAAGAGAAAAAUUAGUCUCAUGAUCCUGUUUAGCGGAGGAAUAUUCAUUAUUGCAGCAUCAAUCAUUCGCGCCGCAAUGGUCCUAUCUUCCGGUCCCGACGGUGCCGUUCAAGGAAGCAAAUGGGCCUGUCGCGAGACUUUCGUCUCAAUCGCUAUCGCCAACCUACCGAUCAUAUUCCCUCUAAUCCGGACCUGCGCCAACAAAAUCGGUCUCAGCGCAUUAUUUAGCCCGUCUGGUCGUCCAUCAAACAGUCAUCCGCUCUCAAGUAAACGAGCAUCGGGGCGUGAAUUGCCAAGUCGAAGCACCAAACGUCACCACCCACUGUCUAUCCCCGGUAGUACAGAGUGGGACACGGAGGAGAAUAUCCUCGUCAACACUAAUCAUGCCCAUGCCAGCAUCAAUGCACUUGAGAAUGGAAGUAUGAAGAGUGGUGACAAUGAUAAACCCAACCGUGGUGCUGGGAUUAUGAAGGAGGUUACUAUCGUUCAGGAGAGUGGCCCGUCACCAUAA